AUGGGAAAGGAGCUCUCGUCGGAACAGAAAGCGAUUGUCAAGAUGUACGUGACGCGCGGGGCCAAUGAGGGCGUAGUCAAGUGCUGCUAUUGUGACAAGGAAAUAUCGUCACGCAAUGUCGAUCGAUGGGCAUCGCACUUACGGGGAUGUCUCAAGACACCGGACGAUAUCAAGGCCCAAAUCCGACCGUCUCGUGGUGUCAGUGAAGCAACAGAAACUACAGGUAACGGUUCCUCAGCGUCCGUGCCCGUGGCGUUGGAACCAACGAAGCUCGAGACGCAGACGCCAAGUGCGGCAGUCCUUCCAGCUCCACCAGCAGAAGUGGCUAUCGCCGCGCCAACGAGUGUCUCCAUGAUCGCUCCAAGUCCGCAGUUGUCUUCGGCACUUCAGUCACUAGGCAGCAGCUUUAGUGAAGUGUUCAAGGUGCACGUAUCGAAGGAUUAUAUGAAAUUCAACGCAGCCCAUUUUAUUGCUUACAAGGGGUUUCGGGAAAAGCUCCAUGGACACAACUACCGCUUAGCUGUCACGAUCACUGGACAGGUUGGCAAGGAUGGCUAUGUCGUAGACUUUGGUGAGAUUAAGAAGAUUUCACGGGUUAUUUGCAAGGAUUUAAAUGAAUCGUUCCUUGUGCCGAUGAACAGUGAUGCUCUAAAGAUUUCUUUCGAUGGCACGAAUGUGCACAUUGUUACGGAGGACAUGGCCCAGUUCAGUUUUCCAAAGUCAGACUGUUCUCUACUGCCAAUUGUGCAUUCGUCAGCAGAAGAGCUUGCCAUUUACAUUAGCAAUCAGCUAGUGGACGCUUUUACGCUCGUUGCGCUCCUGGAGCGCGGUGUGAGUAAAAUCGAGGUCAGCAUCUCGGAGGCCAAUCAACAGUUUGCCUCUUAUGAGCGCACUAUCUUAGCGUAA